CCCACCCAGCUCUCACUGAAUGCCACAGGGCACAGGAUGGAGACCUGCCUGAAAGUCCUGCUGCUCGUCGGAGUGGUCACAGCAGCCCCCACACCACCAUCAUCCCCUCAGCUAACCCACGAGGAUGCGGUUUUAGCUGCAGUUCAGAUCUACAACCAAGAGCCAGGCACAACACUGGCCUAUCGGCUCCUGGAAGCUGAGCCACAGCCAGACUGGGACGUGUCUUCUAAAACUAUCCAAUCGCUGAAAUUCACUGUGAAAGAGACAGUGUGCCCGGUAUCAGGGAACCGCGACCCCAACCAGUGUGAAUUCAAAGAAGACGGGCUGGUCAAAGACUGCUCUGGAUUCUUCUCCACUGAACAGGACCCCCCUUCCAUCAUUAUCAAAUGUGAGGAGGCGUCUGAGGAGCCUAAUGUCGUCACACGGGGCCGCUGGAAAAGAUUCUGGAAAGGACGUGGUGGGGGCAUUGUUGCUGCUGCUCUCAAAAUCAUUGGCUAAGAAGAUCCAGAAAUAGAGAAGAUGAAAGUGAGCCGAUGCUGCCAGAUCCAUCUGUGCCGCCAUUUCUCCUCCACUGGAAGCACCAUUUGAAGCAAGGCUUAAAACAAUCUGAACAGCUUCAAACCUACUGCUUAGCCACUCUUGCAGUGCUGCUCACCAGGGCUCCUCUGCAUAAUAAAUUGCCAUUCUGCAAA